GAGUUGCCUUUUCGUCACAAGAGAGACCCCAUCCUCCAAUCGAGUACAAAAGCGUGUAUGUAUCCUCUUGUUUGCUUGCAUCAGUCCCCCAUCAUACGCCAUUUUUUUGCCUUUAAACUCUUCGCGGGUACAACACUUUUCUGAGCAGGAUUUUCGGAGACAGCGGGUCUUGAAUCCGGUUGAAGUGCGGUGUACUCAAAAUCUCCCUUAGUAACAUUAUACCGCGCCUUGCUCUACAUAAGCACGGCUGAUAUCGAACUGUCCAAGCACGAAAGUCACCUUUGACCCGUGACUCUCUGUCUUUAAGAUCUAACCGAGCGGGCAUCACACCAUUCUUUUUUUUAUGCGCACAAGCUCAACCCCAAUCUAAAAAUCUUAGACCAAAGUGCUCUUCCCCCCUCCCCGUCUGCCUUAUCACACUCGCAAACACACCGGUUUUUCUUCCCUUUCCCUCUGAAUCAACCCUCACCGUCACUCAUUUUUGGUCCAGGUUCAACAGAAACCUCCACCUUUUCAACCGGAUACACAUACACAUAUUCGCAUACCUCUUUUUUAUUUAUUUUGUUUGUCUCCCAAAUGACGAACAAAAUGCUUUGUGCGGCAUGGAUGUGUAUGAUCAUAGUGCUCAUGCAAUCGGAAGGACUCAAGGCCUUAGCCCCGCCCCUGACGCAUGGAUCAUCCGAUGCCACCAAAGAACAAGAGCUUGAAAAAAGAUCUUGGUGGACUUGGUCUACCCAAGACGGAUACCGAUCUGGGAGUGGAAAUACUCCUCCUCCUCAAUCUAACCCCGACAAUGGACAGCCAGACUCUUACUCCAGAGCUAGCAUCGGAAUUCACCUCAACCCUCAACCCGUCUCAUCGUCCCAGGGCUCAUAUGGUCGUCCAGCCAAGACCCCAACUUACAAAGGUCCUAAGAUUCAUACGGAUGGCUCGGAGAUCCAACAGUGGUUGAAAUUCCACAACAAGUUCAGAGCUCAAUACAAAGCCGCUCCCCUAAAAUGGAACCCAGCCUUAGUAGCGGCAUCCAAGCGAUUGACUGACACGUGCGUAUGGAGACACACCCAAAACAACGAAUAUGGCGAAAACAUGUCCGCUGGCCAGUCGAGCAUUGAGGAGGUCGUCACAGGUUGGGUGACCGGGCCUGAAGAAAAAGAUUCUUACACGGGCGGCAAUACGGAGCCAUCUCACUUCACUCAGGUCGUCUGGCAGGCGACGACUGAAGUAGGCUGCUACAAAAGCGUAUGCAAGGAUGUGCGAGGAGCAAACCUGCCCCAAUCUCCGGUUACAUUCUGGGCCUGCAACUAUAACCCUGCCGGAAAUGUGAUUGGCGAAAUCGCCCAAAACGUGAAGGCCGCCCCAGGUGGUCGACCCCUCUGAAAAGUUUCCCUAUCCCCCCUCUUCACAUUGUCUGGCCUAUGCCGUGGAGUCCCUUUCGCUGUCGAGAGUUAUAUCCACUGGUGGUUCUCAGCCUUCUACUAGUAGCGGGCUGAACUGCUUUCCUGAGCUUCAAAAUUGUUUUCGGAUUCUUUUUUUUUGCUCCAUUUCCGCCUUGAAGGCUGUCCAGUUCAUCGUCCCGCAGCUCUCUGAUUUUGUCCAAUUGUCGAACAAAACAAAACACUACUUUCAAUUUUUUUUGUUUCUUUUCUUUUUUUUAACGUCUUUUGUUCGGUCCGUUCUACUCGAUUGAGCUCCUCUAUCUGGAGGAUUCUUCACAAGUUCACAUUCUUUCCGCAAUUCACUCAGACUUUCCUCCGUUUCAUUCUCCUUCUUUUUUGCCAUCCUCUUUCCUCUUUGUGAAUAGACUCGCCGUUAUUUAUGAUCAUGGAAGCCUGCAAUGUUUUAUGAUCCCAACUCUUUCCCACCGUGACUCAAAGAUUUUGGAUUCUGACUCAACAGAACGUGGGUUUAUC